UCAACUGACAACUUCACAGUUCACUCACUUGUUAUAUUUGUUCGUUUAAAAUUAAAUAUUAUAUUACUACGUUCGAUUUUCAUUGUUAAACAUUAAUUACGUAGAUAUCUAUAAAAAAAAACAAUAUACAGUGAAUAAAAAAUGAAUAUUAAGUCAAUUAUUUUAUUUUUUUUAUACACUGCUCCUACAGUUUUCUGCGUAAGAUGCUAUCAAUGUGCGUCGUCGCAAAAUUUAAUAGAAGAUACAUGUGGGGCUUACAAAAGAUUCGAUACAAAUAGUCACAUUGCAGUAGAGUGUGGCAGCGAUGAAUCUCAUAUACCUGGAUCAUUUUGUGUGAAGCUUACUCAACAAGGACCCAAAGGAUUUAUAUGGGAUGGUCGCUGGCGUCAAGUGAUCAGACGCUGUGCAUCGGUCUCAGAGACAGGAGUAACCGGUGUUUGUAAUUGGGGGGUCUAUGAAAAUGGUGUUUACUGGGAAGAGUGCUACUGUUCAUCUGAUGAGUGUAAUGGGGCCUCAUCUAUUUAUAUACCCAUAGCUUUAUUAUUAAGUGCUAUUGUCACAAUUAUACUGACAUAAUAUAUUUUAGAUCUAAUUUUAAAUAAGCAAUAUAUAUUUAUCUGUAUAACGAAAUCUUGACCAUAAUGGUCAUGGUAUUGAAUUAUUUUAUGAUUGGUAUUAUGAAACUGAUGAAGAACCGGAAUAUUAUACAGCACUAUGUAAAUUGUAAACAAUGUUUAGGUAUUUGUAACAAAUGCUAUAUACAAUGUUGGUAACCAUAGUCAUUUUUCCUAAUUUACAUAUUUAAAUUUGAAUCUCAUUUUACUAUAAAUAGAAGAGAGAGAAGAGAGAAAUUUAUGACAGUGUUAUC